CCCAGAUCCACAUUACAGUACGACAUGUCUCAGUUCCCCGUGGGGUGUUCUUCUGGAAGCUGGUGCCAUCAGGUACUUGCUCGUAAAAUCGAACACCCUAUUUUCGGCGAGAAGGCGACAAACAACAGGUUCGUGGGAGUUCUUGCGCCAGGCAAACAGCAAAAGCCAAUCUUGAGUUCGAACCAAGCCUUACAAAUUUCUUGAACUUCCGUCGCUACCAGCGAUUUACAAGGCGUUCGGUUCCGACGGUUCGGGCCUUAUUACUUGCGUCGUUACUUACUAAGCACGUUUUGUUUACGAUGCUUCAAAUGUCUGUCCCAGGACCGAUAUCCUGUGCGUAUGUCGGUAAUGUUAAUCCAUAGGCACUUACCCCUCGCGCCCUUACGAACACUGCACUUCGCCCCCUCUCUCUAGCGAAGAGACUGGUGUUGACAAUACAAGCCCAACAAAAAACCGCGCGUCAUUCAAUUGACUGGUACAGAGUAGUUAUUUUUUACGGAGUACCCGUACCUCCGUACUGCGCUGUUUGUUGCACCACGUCAUAGAAAGACUCGCAAGGGAACCCGCCCGUGUCCCACUCGGCCUCGGAGAGCUAAGCCUCGUGGUAAACGAGCCGCAUGAGAUUUUACCAGGUUAUACUUAGUAUGCAGAAACCUCUCGAUUUCCAAGACUCAUAGCGUUCAUCAUAUCUCAUGAGUUCGAUGAUUCCCCGGUUUACGGACUGUUUGCUCAUCUUGAUGGUUCUUUUACAGGGUUGUGGAAAGAUCAUAUUAAUAUAAAGUGAAGAUGCCUUCCCUUGGUUAGAGCCCUCUCCAUCCAAAGGAUUUCAGGUCUUUGCAUACACACUCUUUUCAUCUCACCUUCUUCCAUUCAUUAUAUCAUGGUUUCUACUCGUCGAAGCACGCUUGUAGCCGUGGGUAGCUUGAUUGCUUCCGUCGUCGCCUAUCUUCAAACUGAAAUGUCGUCACAUAUCAAGCCAAUUCAACUACCGCCGAUACUUGCACUGCAUUCAAGGCUUCCUUCCCUGGAAUGACGAUAUUACCCUCUGAGAACGACGAUUAUCGUGACCUCAAUGAAUGUAGGUUAAUUCUAACCCUAUGUGUCAAACUUACCAGAAGCUAAUAUAACACAAAGUCAGUUGGACUCGUGAAGGAUGGCUUGGGUCAGCUUGUAUUCUGACCCCAUCUGGUGCCGAAGAACUGUCUUCAGCCGUCAAGACUCUUGUUGAACGCAAAACUCCACUUGAGAUUCGAGGUGGAGGACACAUGCCAAUCGGAGAUGCAGCAAACAUCAAUUCUACCGGUGUUCUGAUAGCCAGCUCAAAAAUGCGCCUCAAAGAACUUUCCGAAGAUCUACAGACUCUCACAGUUGGAGUGGGAAGCUCAUAG